AUGAGUGAUGAUGUGGUUUGGCAGUUGAUUAAAAACGGAUUUUGUUCUUUCCGUAAAACAACUGACACAAAGGCAUUUUGCACCAAUAUAUAUAACGUAACUGGGCUGUGUAACCACGCAAGUUGUCCUCUAGCCAACAGCAACUAUGCAACAGUAAUUGAAGAUCAAGGUGAUUUGUUGCUGUGUUUAAAGAGAGUUGAGCGGUGUCACCUGCCCAGAGACCAGUGGGAAAAAAUAAAGCUCUCAAACUCAAACAGAGCAGGAAUCGCAGAAAUCAUAGAGAAAACAAAGGUGGGAUUCUCAAGUCACCUGACGGAAAAGUGCAAAAAAAGAUUCAGGAGACUGAAGGAGGUGCUCAGCAACAUGCGCUCAAUGGCGCUGAGCAAAAAGGUGAAGGUGACGCCAGUGAAAAAGAAAACGGACCGCCGAGAACUGAUAAGAGAGAAGAAGGCGGAAAUAGCGGCGAAGCUGGACAGAAGCAUAGAGCAGGAGCUGCUCAACAGGCUGAACCAGGGCAUCUACGGGGAGUUGUAUAACUUCGAGGAGGAGAAGGAGCAGGAGGCCGAGGCUGAGGAGGAUAAGGAGGAGGUGAAACCUCCCAAAAGAAGGAGGAGAAUCAACAUCGAGUACGAAAAGGAUGAAGAUUACCGUCAGCUACAGUUCAACUAA